UCAGCUGGAUUUCUCAUGAGUCACUUCCAACAUGGUCCAUUUAACCGUUGUUGUAUCGCGCAAGCAAUGGCUUCUCCUGUAGCUCUAAUUCAAGGUGCAAGUCGUGGUAUUGGCUUACAAUUCAGUAAGCAUCUUCUGGCGAAAAAUAMUGCUUCGACUAUCAUCGCCACAUGUAGAAACCCKRGCGCUGCCARCGAACUACAAGAGCUAAAGUCAAAAUAUCCCUCCCGUUUGGCGAUAUAUCCCAUCGAUAUCCACAAAGAGAGUGAAAUUGAAGACACCAGAAAGCGAAUUAAAGAAAAYCACGGCGAAAAACUUGAUCUUUUGGUAAACUGUGCCGGAAUUCUACAUCCCACAGGCAAAGGUGAAACGAGUUUACGAGAGGUAACACAAGAAAGUGUUUCUUCGACAUUCUUGACGAAUGCUAUUGGRCCRUUAUUAAUGGCUAAAUACUUUGGACCGAUGUUACUUAAAGGAAAUGCAUUAUUUAACUCGCAAUCUGAGCAAUUCUGUGGAGUAAUAGCUAAUAUUUCAGCUCGCGUUGGGUCCAUCAACGACAACAGAUUAGGUGGCUGGUACAGCUACAGGAUGUCCAAGACAGCUUUGAAUAUGGCAACUAAAAAUUUGAGUAUUGAGCUAGGGAGGGGUCGCAAGAAGGUUGUUUGUGUCAGUAUCCACCCUGGAACCGUAGACACGGAGUUGUCCAGGCGAUACCACAAGAACGUUGACCCGGCRAAGAUAUUCACCCCAGAAUAUUCAGUGCAGUGCAUGAUGGGAACAAUAGAGGGGUUGUCUUUGGAGGACAGUGGAAAGUUCCUUGCCUGGGAUGGACAAGACAUUCCAUAUUAGUUCAGUUUGAUUUGUAAAAUUUCAUCAAUUCAUGACAURACAAUUUUCAUCAUCAUCAUCAUCAUCAACCCCUCUUUAGAUGUUUAGGGCUUCUUCAGUGAAGAUCGAACAGUGAGAAAAAAAUUGCCUUAAAGCAUUAUUUAUAAUGCAAUAAAAAAAAUACAAAUUAAACAAGGAAUGCUCCAAUUCAUUCACUAGACUUUUUUUAUUAUGUAAUACAUUCUAACAUCCUAAAUCUAAUUSWAAUGAGCUCAUGAGAGAGUMAUUUUUAUCCAUCUGUGAAAUAGCAAUUGCACUAUUWAAURCUAUUACCCCCUAUUAGCUCACAAUAGUUUUUUUUAGUGGCCUUUGGUAGCCUACUAUACACCCUAAUCDUUACUAUUAAACACCGACUAGUAGUAAUUGUUUCACAGACGGAUGAAAAUGACUCUAACAUUACCAGGCAUAACACAAUAGAAUGAAGUAAGAAAAGCCAAGAAUUAGAUAUUACACUUAUAAACCUUGGUACAUUCUAAUUGCAUGGUUUUCUUUGGUGUGGCUAUUCACAUCACACUUUAAUAGUCAAGUUUUGUUUCAUGGAUUUAAUAACUUCACUCUAAAUGAC